AUGAAAGGGAUGGGAGGUGGCAAGGGCAAGAGUAAGAGUCAGCAGAAAGUGUGCAGGCAGGGGACUGGGUCGAGCAGGACUGGAUGUGCGCAGGGGCUCGUGCCGCCAUUCAGCUCUGAGAUGAUGCGAGAAAGGCGACCAGAAAGUCACCACGCAUGGGAGUACCUGAGCCCUACGAGCUCAGAGUGGGUUCUGUUCACGAGGGAAAACUGCGCUAAGCUCUCGGAGGCAUCGGCCACACACCAGAACAGUCUGAUGCUGUCCAAAAACAUCUCCAUUGACUUCGUUCAGCUCCAGCUGAAGAAUCUCAGCAACGGUCAGGUCACCAGCAUCAGGAGGAGGGGAUCAGUUCCCCUCCUCCCGGUGAACAGGCAGCAGCUGCCUGCUGUUGGUGUUGCUUUCAAUCAAAGGAAAGGCUCUCCAGUUGCAGAGAUUCCAGCCGAAAUGCCAAGCAUCCCAACAAGGAUGACUGAGAGUCCGGCCAUGCAGAGCUCGUCUGGAGGCGGCAGGUUCGCCAAGGAGUGGGAGGAGGGCGAGCGAGCUGCUAGGGGGAAAGUCAACGAGCUUGUUCAAGGCGCAUGCUCUCCCAACGUACAGGAAGCUGCAAGGAUGUGCAGGCAGAUUGGCGGCCUGGGAGACAGGGAGAAGUUCUUCCUUCACAACCUUGAAGGCAAGCAAGUGGCAGCGCUUCUUGGCAGCAUCGCACGUAUCAUCGAGGUUGAUGACGAUGAAGUUGCGAAUGCGGCUGCCAUAGCGCUCGGCAGCCUUAUCGGGCCGAGGAGGAUUCAGGACAUGAUCAACAGCAACCUCGGCAUCCUCGAGCCCAUCCUUAGAGGCUUGUCAAGCUUGGUCAACACGGGAAGCUCUUGCGGGCGCCUGAGGCAUGCUGUCUUCGCCCUCCAGCUCUUGACGAGGGACGAGCCAGGGGCCUCCUGCUUGAUGAGAAUUCGACGAGACAACGCAAUGCGGAGGAGGAGAGUAAGGUGA